AUGCCGCCCCAUUCUCCCGCUUUCCAUCACCCCGCCCCAUUCUCCCUCUUUCCAUCACCCUGCCCCAUUCUCCCUCUUUCCAUCACCCCGCCCAAUUCUCCCGCUUUCCAUCACCCCGCCCCAUUCUCCCGCUUUCCAUCACCCCGCCCCAUUUUCCCGCUUUCCAUCACCCCGCCCCAUUCUCCCACUUUCCAUCACCCCGCCCCAUUCUCCCGCUUUCUAUCACCCCGCCCCAUUCUUCCGCUUUCCAUCACCCCGCCCCAUUCUCCCGCUUUCCAUCACCCCGCCCCAUUCUCCCGCUUUCCAUCACCCCGCCCCAUUCUCCCGCUUUCCAUCACCCCGCCCCAUUCUCCCGCUUUCCAUCACCCUGCCCCAUUCUCCCGCUUUCCAUCACCCCGGCCCAUUCUCCCGCUUUCCAUCACCCCGGCCCAUUCUCCCGCUUUCCAUCACCCCGCCCCAUUCUCCCGCUUCCCAUCACCCCUCCCCAUUCUCUCUCUACCAUCACCCCGCCCCAUUCUCCUGCUUUCCAUCACCCCGCCCCAUUCUCUCGCUUUCCAUCACCCUGCCCCAUUCUCCCACUUUCCAUCACCCCGCCCCAUUCUCCCGCUUUCCAUCACCCCGCCGCACUCUCCCGCUUUCCAUCACCCCGCCCCAUUCUCCCGCUUUCCAUCACCCCGCCCCAUUCUCCCGCUUUCUAUCACCCCGCCCCAUUCUCCCGCUUUCCAUCACCCCGCCCCAUUCUCCCGCUUUCCAUCACCCCGCCCCAUUCUCCCGCUUUCCAUCACCCCGCCCCAUUCUCCCGCUUUCCAUCACCCCGCCCCAUUCUCCCGCUUUCCAUCACCCCACCCCAUUCUCCCUCUUUCCAUCACCCCGCCCCAUUCUCCCGCUUUCCAUCACCCCGCCCCAUUCUCCCUCCUUCCAUCACCCCGCCCCAUUCUCCCUCUUUCCAUCACCCCGCCCCAUUCUCCCUGCUUCCAUCACCCCGUCCCAUUCUCCCGCUUUCCAUCACCUCGCCCCAUUCUCCCGCUUUCCAUCACCCCGCCCCAUUCUCCCUCUUUCCAUCACCCCGCCCCAUUCUCCAUGCUUCCAUCACCCCGCCCCAUUCUCCCGUUUUCCAUCACCCCGCCCCAUUCUCCCGCUUUUCAUCACCCCGCCCCAUUCUCCCUCUUUCCAUCACCCCGCCCCAUUCUCCCGCUUUCCAUCACCCCGCCCCAUUCUCCCUCUUUCCAUCACCCCGCCCCAUUCUCCUGCUUUCCAUCAUCCCGCCUUAUUCUCCCUCUUUCCAUCACCCUGCCCCAUUCUCCCGCUUUCCAUCACCCCUCCCCAUUCUCCCUCUUUCCAUCACCCCGCCCCAUUCUCCUUGUUAAUUUCCAUCACCCCGCCCCAUUCUCCCUCUUUCCAUCACCCCACCCCAUUCUCCCGCUUUCCAUCACCUCGCCCCAUUCUUCCGCUUUCCAUCACCCCGCCCCAUUCUCCCUCUUUCCAUCACCCCGCCCCAUUCUCCCGCUUUCCAUCACCCCGCCCCAUUCUUCCGAUUUCCAUCAACCCGCCCCAUUCAACCGCUUUCCAUCACCCCGUCCCAUUCUCCCUCUUUCCAUCACCCCGCCCCAUUCUCCCGAUUUCCAUCACCCCGCCCCAUUCUCCCGCUUUCCAUCACCCCGCCCCAUUCUCCCGCUUUCCAUCACCCGGCCCCAUUCUCCCGCUUUCCAUCACGCCGCCCCAUUCUCCCGCUUUCCAUCACCCCGCCCCAUUCUCCCGCUUUCCAUCACCCCGCCCCAUUAUCCCGCUUUCUAUCACCCGCCCAAUUCUCCCGCUUUCCAUCACCCCGCCCCAUUCUCCCGCUUUCCAUCACCCCGCCCCAUUCUCCCACUUUCCAUCACCCUGCCCCAUUCUCCCUCUUUCCAUCACCCCGCCUCAUUCUCCCGCUUUCCAUCACCCCGCCCCAUUCUCCCGCUUUCCAUCACCCCGCCCCAUUCUCCCGCUUUCCAUCAACCCGCCCCAUUCUCCCGCUUUCCAUCACCCCGCCCCAUUCUCCCUCUUUCCAUCACCUCGCCCCAUUCUCCCGCUUUCCAUCACCCCUCCCCAUUCUCCCUCUUUCCAUCACCCCGCCCCAUUCUCCCGCUUUCCAUCACCCCACCCCAUUCUCCCGCUUUCCAUCACCCCGCCCCAUUCUCCCGAUUUCCAUCACCCGCCCCAUUCUCCCGCUUUCCAUCACCCCGCCCCAUUCUCCCGCUUUCCAUCACCCCGCCCUAUUCUCCCGCUUUCCAUCACCCUGCCCCAUUCUCCCUCUUUCCAUCACCCCGCCCCAUUCUCCCGCUUUCCAUCACCCCGCCCCCACUCUCCCGCUUUCCAUCACCCCGCCCCAUUCUCCCGCUUUCCAUCACCCCGCCCCAUUCUCCCUCUUUCCAUCACCUCGCCCCAUUCUCCCGCUUUCCAUCACCCCUCCCCAUUCUCCCUCUUUCCAUCACCCCACCCCAUUCUCCCGCUUUCCAUCACCCCGCCCCAUUCUCCCGCUUUCCAUCACCCCGCCCCAUUCUCCCGCUUUCCAUCACCCCGCCCCAUUCUCCCUCUUUCCAUCACCUCGCCCCAUUCUCCCGCUUUCCAUCACCCCUCCCCAUUCUCCCUCUUUCCAUCACCCCGCCCCAUUCUCCCGCUUUCCAUCACCCCGCCCCAUUCUCCCGCUUUCCAUCACCCCGCCCCAUUCUCCCGCUUUCCAUCACCCCGCCCCAUUCUCCCUCUUUCCAUCACCUCGCCCCAUUCUCCCGUUUUCCAUCACCCCUCCCCAUUCUCCCUCUUUCCAUCACCCCGCCCCAUUCUCCCGCUUUCCAUCACCCCGCUCCAUUCUCCCGCCUUCCAUCACCCCGCCCCAUUCUCCCUCUUUCCAUCACCCCGCCCCAUUCUCCCGCUUUCCAUCACCCCGCCCCAUUCUUCCUGCUUCCAUCACUUCGCCCCAUUCUGCCUUUUUCCAUCACCCCGCCCCAUUCUCCCUCCUUCCAUCACCCCGCCCCAUUCUCCCGUUUUCCAUCACCUCGCCCCAUUCUCCCGCUUUCCAUCACCCCGCCCCAUUCUCCCUCUUUCCAUCACCCCGCCCCAUUCUCCCUCCUUCCAUCACCCCGCCCCAUUCUCCCGUUUUCCAUCACCUCGCCCCAUUCUCCCGCUUUCCAUCACCCCACCCCAUUCUCCCUCUUUCCAUCACCCCGCCCCAUUCUCCCGCUUUCCAUCACCCCGCCCCAUUCUCCCUCUUUCCAUCACCCCGCCCCAUUCUCCCGCUUUCCAUCACCUCGCCCCAUUCUCCCUCUUUCCAUCACCCCGCCCCAUUCUCCCGUUUUCCAUCACCUCGCCCCAUUCUCCCGCUUUCCAUCACCUCGCCCCAUUCUCCCUCUUUCCAUCACCCCGCCCCAUACUCCCGCUUUCCAUCACCCCACCCCAUUCUCCCUCUUUCCAUCACCCCGCCCCAUUCUCCCGCUUUCCAUCACCCUGCCCCAUUCUCCCUCUUUCCAUCACCCCGCCCCAUUCUCCCGCUUUCCAUCACCCCGCCCCAUUCUCCCUCUUUCCAUCACCCCGCCCCAUUCUCCCGCUUUCCAUCACCCCGCCCCAUUCUCCCUCUUUCCAUCACCCCGCCCCAUUCUCCCGAUUUCCAUCACCCCGCCCCAUUCUCCCGCUUUCCAUCACCCCGCCCUAUUCUCCCGCUUUCCAUCAACCCGCCCCAUUCUCCCGCUUUCCAUCACCCCGCCCCAUUCUCCCGCUUUCCAUCACCCCGCCCCAUUCUCCCGCUUUCCAUCACCCCGCCCCAUUCUCCCGCUUUCCAUCACCCGCCCCAUUCUCCCGCUUUCCAUCACCCCGCCCCAUUCUCCCGCUUUCCAUCAUCCCGCCCCAUUCUCCCGCUUUCCAUCAUCCCGCCCCAUUCUCCUCUUUCCAUCACCCUCCCCGUUCUCCCGCUUUCCAUCACCCCGCCCCGUUCUCCCGCUUUUUUCACCCCGCCCCAUUCUCCCUCUUUCCAUCACCCCGCACAAUUCUCCCGCUUUCCAUCACCCCGCCCCAUUCUCCCUCUUUCUAUCACCCCGCCCCAUUCUCCCGCUUUCCAUCACCCCGGCCCAUUCUCCCACUUUCCAUCACCCCGCCCCAUUCUCCCGCUUUCCAUCACCCCGCCCCAUUCUCCCUCUUUCCAUCACCUCGCCCCAUUCUCCCGUUUUCCAUCACCCCUCCCCAUUCUCCCGCUUUCCAUCAACCCGCCCCAUUCUCUCUCUUUUCAUCAGCCCGCCUCAUUCUCCCUCUUUCCAUCACCCCGCCCCAUUCUCCCUCUUUCCAUCACCCUGCACGAUUCUCCCGCUUUCCAUCACCCCGCCCCAUUCUCCCUCUUUCUAUCACCCCGCCCCAUUCUCCCGCUUUCCAUCACCCCGCCCAAUUCUCCCGCUUUCCAUCACCCCACCCCAUUCUCCCGCUUUCCAUCACCCCUCCCCAUUCUCCCGCUUUCCAUCACCCCGCCCCAUUCUGGUCCACGUGUUUGUUGGACCAACAAGCCAGUUGGUCCACGUGUUUGUUGGACCAACAAGCCAGUUGCUCCACGUGUUUGUUGGACCAACAAGCCAGUUGCUCCACGUGGUCGACGUGUUUGUUGGACCAACAAGCGAGGUGGUCGACGUGUUUGAUGGACCAACAAGCGAGGUGGUCGACGUGUUUGAUGGACCAACAAGCCAGGUGGUCGACGUGUUUGAUGGACCAACAAGCGAGGUGGUCGACGUGUUUGAUGGACCAACAAGCCAGGUGGUCGACGUGUUUGAUGGACCAACAAGCCAGGUGGUCGACGUGUUUGAUGGACCAACGAGCCAGGUGGUCGACGUGUUUGAUGGACCAACGAGCCAGGUGGUCGACGUGUUUGAUGGACCAACGAGCCAGUUGGUCCACGUGUUUGAUGGACCAACGAGCCAGUUGGUCGACGUGUUUGAUGGACCAACGAGCCAGUUGGUCCACGUGUUUGAUGGACCAACGAGCCAGUUGGUCCACGUGUUUGAUGGACCAACGAGCCAGUUGGUCCACGUGGUCCACGUGUUUGAUGGACCAACGAGCCAGGUGGUCGACGUGUUUGAUGGACCAACGAGGCAGAUGGUCGACGUGUUUGAUGGACCAACGAGGCCGUUAGUCGACGUGUUUGAUGGACCAACGAGGCCGUUGGUCGACGUGUUUGAUGGACCAACGAGCCAGUUGGUCGACGUGUUUGAUGGACCAACGAGCCAGUUGGUCGACGUGUUCCAUGCACCAACGAGCCAGUUGGUCGACGUGUUCCAUGCACCAACGAGCCAGUUGGUCGACGUGUUCCAUGCACCAACGAGCCAGUUGGUCGACGUGUUCCAUGCACCAACGAGCCAGUUGGUCGACGUGUUCCAUGCACCAACGAGCCAGUUGGUCCGCGUGUUCCAUGCACCAACGAGCCAGCUGGUCCACGUGUUCGAUGGACCAACAAGCCAGCUGGUCCGCGUGUUUGUUGGACCAACAAGCCAGCUGGUCCACGUGUUCGAUGGACCAACAAGCCAGCUGGUCCACGUGUUUGUUGGACCAACAAGCCAGCUGGUCCACGUGUUUGAUGGACCAACAAGCCAGCUGGUCCACGUGUUUGAUGGACCAACAAGCCAGCUGGUCCACGUGUUCGUUGGACCAACAAGCCAGUUGGUCCACGUGUUCGAUGGACCAACAAGCCAGUUGGUCCACUUGGUCCACGUGUUCGAUGGACCAACAAGCCAGUUGGUCCACGCGUUCGAUGGACCAACAAGCCAGUUGGUCCACGCGUUCGAUGGACCAACAAGCCAGUUGGUCCACGCGUUCGAUGGACCAACAAGCCAGUUGGUCCACGCGUUCGAUGGACCAACAAGCCAGUUGGUCCACGCGUUCGUUGGACCAACAAGCCAGUUGGUCCACGCGUUCGAUGGACCAACAAGCCAGUUGGUCCACGCGUUCGAUGGACCAACAAGCCAGUUGGUCCACGCGUUCGAUGGACCAACAAGCCAGUUGGUCCACGCGUUCGAUGGACCAACAAGCCAGUUGGUCCACGCGUUCGAUGGACCAACAAGCCAGUUGGUCCACGCGUUCGAUGGACCAACAAGCCAGUUGGUCCACGCGUUCGAUGGACCAACAACCAACAAGCCAGUUGGUCCACGCGUUCGAUGGACCAACAAGCCAGUUGGUCCACGCGUUCGAUGGACCAACAACCAACAAGCCAGUUGGUCCACGCGUUCGAUGGACCAACAAGCCAGUUGGUCCACGCGUUCGAUGGACCAACAACCAACAAGCCAGUUGGUCCACGCGUUCGAUGGACCAACAAGCCAGUUGGUCCACGCGCUCGAUGGACCAACAAGCCAGUUGGUCCACGCGCUCGAUGGACCAACAAGCCAGUUGGUCCACGCGCUCGAUGGACCAACAAGCCAGUUGGUCCACGCGCUCGAUGGACCAACAAGCCAGUUGGUCCACGCGCUCGAUGGACCAACAAGCCAGUUAGUCCACGCGUUCGUUGGACCAACAAGCCAGUUGGUCCACGCGCUCGAUGGACCAACAAGCCAGUUGGUCCACGCGCUCGAUGGACCAACAAGCCAGUUGGUCCACGCGCUCGAUGGACCAACAAGCCAGUUGGUCCACGCGUUCGAUGGACCAACAAGCCAGUUGGUCCACGCGCUCGUUGGACCAACAAGCCAGUUGGUCCACGCGCUCGUUGGACCAACAAGCCAGUUGGUCCACGCGCUCGAUGGACCAACAAGCCAGUUGGUCCACGCGCUCGAUGGACCAACAAGCCAGUUGGUCCACGCGCUCGAUGGACCAACAAGCCAGUUGGUCCACGCGCUCGAUGGACCAACAAGCCAGUUGGUCCACGUGUUUGUUGGACCAACAAGCCAGCUGGUCCACGUGUUUGUUGGACCAACAAGCCAGCUGGUCCACGUGUUUGUUGGACCAACAAGCCAGCUGGUCCACGUGUUUGUUGGACCAACAAGCCAGCUGGUCCACGUGUUUGUUGGACCAACAAGCCAGCUGGUCCACGUGUUUGUUGGACCAACAAGCCAGCUGGUCCACGUGUUUGUUGGACCAACAAGCCAGCUGGUCCACGUGUUUGAUGGACCAACAAGCCAGCUGGUCCACGUGUUUGUUGGACCAACAAGCCAGCUGGUCCACGUGUUUGAUGGACCAACAAGCCAGCUGGUCCACGUGUUUGAUGGACCAACAAGCCAGCUGGUCCACGUGUUCGAUGGACCAACAAGCCAGCUGGUCCACGUGUUCGAUGGACCAACAAGCCAGCUGGUCCACGUGUUUGUUGGACCAACAAGCCAGCUGGUCCACGUGUUUGUUGGACCAACAAGCCAGCUGGUCCACGUGUUUGAUGGACCAACAAGCCAGCUGGUCCACGUGUUCGAUGGACCAACAAGCCAGCUGGUCCACUUGUUGGAUGGACCAACAAGCCAGCUGGUCCACGUGUUUGUUGGACCAACAAGCCAGCUGGUCCACGUGUUUGUUGGACCAACAAGCCAGCUGGUCCACGUGUUUGUUGGACCAACAAGCCAGCUGGUCCACGUGUUCGAUGGACCAACAAGCCAGCUGGUCCACGUGUUUGAUGGACCACCAAGCCAGCUGGUCCACACGUUCGAUGGACCAACAAGCCAGCUGGUCCACGUGUUCGAUGGACCAACAAGCCAGCUGGUCCACGCGUUCGAUGGACCAACAAUGGUCCACGUGUUCGAUGGACCAACAAGCCAGCUGGUCCACGUGUUCGAUGGACCAACAAGCCAGCUGGUCCACGCGUUCGAUGGACCAACAAUGGUCCACGUGUUCGAUGGACCAACAAGCCAGCUGGUCCACGUGUUCGAUGGACCAACAAGCCAGCUGGUCCACGUGUUCGAUGGACCAACAAGCCAGCUGGUCCACGUGUUCGAUGGACCAACAAGCCAGCUGGUCCACGCGUUCGAUGGACCAACAAGCCAGUUGGUCCACGCGUUCGAUGGACCAACAAGCCAGUUGCUGGUCCACGUGUUCGAUGGACCAACAAGCCAGUUGGUCCACGUGUUCGAUGGACCAACAAGCCAGCUGGUCCACGUGUUCGAUGGACCAACAAGCCAGCUGGUCCACGUGUUCGAUGGACCAACAGGCCAGCUGGUCCACGUGUUCAAUGGACCAACAGGUCAGCUGGUCCACGUGUUCGAUGGACCAACAAGCCAGUUGGUCCACGUGUUCGAUGGACCAACAAGCCAGUUGGUCCACGUGUUCGAUGGACCAACAAGCCAGUUGGUCCACGUGUUCGAUGGACCAACAAGCCAGUUGGUCCACGUGUUCGAUGGACCAACAAGCCAGCUGGUCCACGUGUUCGAUGGACCAACAAGCCAGCUGGUCCACGUGUUCGAUGGACCAACAAGCCAGCUGGUCCACGUGUUCGAUGGACCAACAAGCCAGUUGGUCCACGUGUUCGAUGGACCAACAAGCCAGCUGGUCCACGUGUUCGAUGGACCAACAAGCCAGCUGGUCCACGUGUUCGAUGGACCAACAAGCCAGCUGGUCCACGUGUUCGAUGGACCAACAAGCCAGGUGGUCGACGUGUUCGAUGGACCAACAAGCCAGCUGGUCCACGUGUUCGAUGGACCAACAAGCCAGCUGGUCCACGUGGUCGACGUGUUUGAUGGACCAACGAGCCAGUUGGUCCACGUGUUUGAUGGACCAACAAGCCAGUUGGUCCACGUGUUUGAUGGACCAACAAGCCAGUUGGUCGACGUGUUUGUUGGACCAACGAGCCAGUUGGUCCACGUGUUUGAUGGACCAACGAGCCAGUUGGUCGACGUGUUUGAUGGACCAACAAGCCAGUUGGUCCGCGUGCUUGACGUGUUUGUUGGACCAACAAGCCAGCUGGUCCGCGUGUUUGUUGGACCAACAAGCCAGCUGGUCCGCGUGUUUGUUGGACCAACAAGCCAGCUGGUCCGCGUGUUUGUUGGACCAACAAGCCAGCUGCUGGUCCGCGUGUUUGUUGGACCAACAAGCCAGCUGGUCCGCGUGUUUGUUGGACCAACAAGCCAGCUGGUCCGCGUGUUUGUUGGACCAACAAGCCAGCUGGUCCGCGUGUUUGAUGGACCAACAAGCCAGCUGGUCCGCGUGUUUGAUGGACCAACAAGCCAGCUGGUCCGCGUGUUUGAUGGACCAACAAGCCAGCUGGUCCGCGUGUUUGAUGGACCAACAAGCCAGCUGGUCCACGUGUUUGAUGGACCAACAAGCCAGCUGGUCCACGUGUUUGAUGGACCAACAAGCCAGCUGGUCCACGUGUUUGAUGGACCAACAAGCCAGUUGGUCGACGUGUUUGUUGGACCAACAAGCCAGUUGGUCGACGUGUUUGUUGGACCAACAAGCCAGUUGGUCGACGUGUUUGUUGGACCAACAAGCCAGUUGGUCGACGUGUUUGUUGGACCAACAAGCCAGUUGGUCCACGUGUUUGAUGGACCAACAAGCCAGCUGGUCCACGUGUUUGAUGGACCAACAAGCCAGCUGGUCCACGUGUUUGUUGGACCAACAAGCCAGUUGGUCCACGUGUUUGUUGGACCAACAAGCCAGUUGGUCCACGUGUUUGUUGGACCAACAAGCCAGCUGGUCCACGUGUUUGUUGGACCAACAAGCCAGCUGGUCCACGUGUUUGUUGGACCAACAAGCCAGCUGGUCCACGUGUUUGAUGGACCAACAAGCCAGCUGGUCCACGUGUUUGAUGGACCAACAAGCCAGCUGGUCCACGUGUUUGAUGGACCAACAAGCCAGCUGGUCCACGUGUUUGAUGGACCAACAAGCCAGCUGGUCCACGUGUUUGAUGGACCAACAAGCCAGCUGGUCCACGUGUUUGAUGGACCAACAAGCCAGUUGGUCCACGUGUUUGUUGGACCAACAAGCCAGCUGGUCCACGUGUUUGAUGGACCAACAAGCCAGCUGGUCCACGUGUUUGUUGGACCAACAAGCCAGCUGGUCCACGUGUUUGAUGGACCAACAAGCCAGCUGGUCCACGUGUUUGAUGGACCAACAAGCCAGCUGGUCCACGUGUUUGAUGGACCAACAAGCCAGCUGGUCCACGUGUUCGUUGGACCAACAAGCCAGUUGGACCAACUGGCUACUUUCCAUCACCUCACUCCAUUCUCCCGCUUUCCAUCACCUCGCCCAAUUCUCCCGCUUUCCAUCAUCCCUCCCCAUUCUCCCUCUUUCCAUCACCCCGCCCCGUUCUCCCUCUUUCCAUCAUCCCGCCCCGUUCUCCCGCUUUUUAUCACCCCGCCCUAUUCUCCCUCUUUCCAUCACCCCGCACGAUUCUCCCGCUUUCCAUCACCCCGCCCCAUUCUCCCUCUUUCUAUCACCCCGCCCCAUUCUCCCUCUUUCCAUCACCCCGCCCCAUUCUCCCUGCUUCCAUCACCUCGCCCCAUUCUCCCGUUUUCCAUCACCCCUCCCCAUUCUCCCUCUUUCCAUCACCCCGCCCCAUUCUCGCGCGGGAUUUCCAUCACCCCGCCCCAUUCUCCCGAUUUCCAUCACCCCGCCCCAUUCUCCCGCUUUCCAUCACCCCGCCCCAUUCUCCCGCUUUCCAUCACCGCGCCCCAUUCUCCCGCUUUCCAUCACCCCGCCCCAUUCUCCCUCUUUCCAUCACCCCACCCCAUUCUCCCUCUUUCCAUCACCCCGCCCCAUUCUCCCGCUUUCCAUCACCCCGCCCCAUUCUCCCGAUUUCCAUCACCCCGCCCCAUUCUCCCUCUUUCCAUCACCCCGCCCCAUUCUCCCGCUUUCCAUCACCCUGCCCCAUUCUCCCGCUUUCCAUCAUCCCGCCCCAUUCUCCCUCUUUCCAUCACCCCGCCCCAUUCUCCCUCUAUCCAUCACCCCGCCCCAUUCUCCCGCUUUCCAUCGCCCCGCCCCAUUCUCCCGCUUUCCAUCACCCCGCCCUAUUCUCUUGCUUUCCAUCACCCCACCCCAUUCUCCCUCUUUCCAUCACCCCGCCCCAUUCUCCCUCUUUCCAUCACCCCGCUCCAUUCUCUCGCUUUCCAUCGCCCCAUUCUCCCGCUUUCCAUCACCCCGCCCCAUUCUCCUGCUUUCCAUCACCCCGCCCCAUUCUCCCUCUUUCCAUCACCCCGCCCCAUUCUCACUCUAUCCAUCACCCCGCCCAAUUCUCCCGCUUUCCAUCACCCCGCCCCAUUUUCCCGCUUUCCAUCACCCCGCCCCAUUCUCUUGCCUUCCAUCACCCCGCCCCAUUCUCCCUCUUUCCAUCACCUCGCCCCAUUCUCCCUCUUUCCAUCACCCCGCCCUAUUCUCCCGCUUUCCAUCACCUCGCCCCAUUCUCCCGCUUUCCAUCACCCCACUCCAUUCUCCCGCUUUCCAUCACCCCGCCCCAUUCUCCCGCUUUCCAUCACCCCGCCCCAUUCUCCCUCUUUCCAUCACCCCGCCUCAUUCUCCCGCUUUCCAUCACCUCGCCCCAUUCUCCCGCUUUCCAUCACCUCGCCCAAUUCUCCCGCUUUCCAUCAUCCCUCCUUAUUCUCCCUCUUUCCAUCACCCCGGCCCAUUCUCCCUCUUUCCAUCACCCCGCCCCGUUCUCCCGCUUUCUAUCACCCCGCCCCAUUCUCCCUCUUUCCAUCACCCCGCACGAUUUUCCCGCUUUCCAUCACCCCGCCCCAUUCUCCCUCUUUCUAUCACCCCGCCCCAUUCUCCCUCUUUCCAUCACCCCGCCCCAUUCUCCCUGCUUCCAUCACCUCGCCCCAUUCUCCCGCUUUCCAUCACCCCGCUCCAUUCUCCCUCUUUCCAUCACCCCGCCCCAUUCUCGCGCUUUCCAUCACCCCGCCCCAUCCUCUCGAUUUCCAUCACCCCGCCCCAUUCUCCCGCUUUCCAUCACCCCGCCCCAUUCUACCGCUUUCCAUCACAGCGCCCCAUUCUCCCUCUUUCCAUCACCCCGCCCCAUUCUCCAUCUUUUCAUCACCCCGCCCCGUUCUCCCGCUUUCCAUCACCCCGCCCCAUUCUCCCGAUUUCCAUCACCCCGCCCCAUUCUCCCGCUUUCCAUCACCCCGCCCCAUUCUCCCGCUUUCCAUCACCCCGCCCCAUUCUCCUGCUUUCCAUCACCCCGCCCCAUUCUCCCUCUUUCCAUCACCCCGCCCCAUUCUCCCGAUUUCCAUCACCCCGCCUCAUUCUCCUACUUUCCAUCACCCCUCCCCAUUCUCCCGCUUUCCAUCACCCGCCCCAUUCUCCCGCUUUCCAUCACCCCGCCCCAUUCUCCCGCUUUCCAUCAACCCGCCCCAUUCUCCCGCUUUCCAUCACCCCGCCCCGUUCUCCCGCUUUCCAUCACCCCGCCCCAUUCUUCCGCUUUCCAUCACCCCGCCCCAUUCUCCCGCUUUCCAUCACCCCACCCCAUUCUCCCGCUUUCCAUCACCCCGCCCCAUUCUCCCGCUUUUCAUCACCCCGCCCCAUUCUCCCGCUUUCCAUCACCCCGCCCCAUUCUCUCGCUUUCCAUCACCCCGCCCCAUUCUCCCGCUUUCCAUCACCCCGCCCCAUUCUCCCGCUUUCCAUCACCCCGCCCCAUUCUCCCGCUUCCCAUCACCCCUCCCUAUUCUCCCUGUAUCAUCACCCCACCCCAUUCUCCCGCUUUCCAUCACCCCGCCCCAUUCUCCCUCUUUCCAUCACCCCGCCCCAUUCUCCCGCUUUCCAUCACCCCGCCCCAUUCUCCCGCUUUCCAUCACCCCGCCCCAUUCUCCCGCUUUCCAUCACCCCGCCCCAUUCUCCCGCUUUCCAUCACUCCGCCCCAUUCUCCCGCUUUCUAUCACCCCGCCCCAUUCUCCCGCUUUUCAUCACCCCGCCCCAUUCUCCCGCUUUCCAUCACCCCGCCCCAUUCUCCCGCUUUCCAUCACCCGCCCCAUUCUCCCGCUUUCCAUCACCCCGCCCCAUUCUCCCGCUUUCCAUCAUCCCGCCCCAUUCUCCUGCUUUCCAUCACCCCGCCCCAUUCUCCCUCUUUCCAUCACCCCGCCCCGUUCUCCCGCUUUCCAUCACCCCGCCCCGUUCUCCCGCUUUUUUUCACCCCGCCCCAUUCUCCCUCUUUCCAUCACCCCGCACAAUUCUCCCGCUUUCCAUCACCCCGCCCCAUUCUCCCUCUUUCUAUCACCCCGCCCCAUUCUCCCACUUUCCAUCACCCCGCCCCAUUCUCCCACUUUCCAUCACCCCGCCCCAUUCUCCCGCUUUCCAUCACCCCGCCCCAUUCUCCCUCUUUCCAUCACCUCGCCCCAUUCUCCCGUUUUCCAUCACCCCUCCCCAUUCUCCCGCUUUCCAUCAACCCGCCCCAUUCUCUCUCUUUUCAUCACCCCGCCCCAUUCUCCCUCUUUCCAUCACCCCGCCCCAUUCUCCCUCUUUCCAUCACCCUGCACGAUUCUCCCGCUUUCCAUCACCCCGCCCCAUUCUCCCUCUUUCUAUCACCCCGCCCCAUUCUCCCGCUUUCCAUCACCCCGCCCCAUUCUCCCGCUUUCCAUCACCCCGCCCCAUUCUCCCGCUUUCCAUCACCCCUCCCCAUUCUCCCGCUUUCCAUCACCCCGCCCCAUUCUGGUCCACUUGCUCCACGUGGUCGACGUGUUUGUUGGACCAACAAGCGAGGUGGUCGACGUGUUUGAUGGACCAACAAGCGAGGUGGUCGACGUGUUUGAUGGACCAACAAGCCAGGUGGUCGACGUGUUUGAUGGACCAACAAGCGAGGUGGUCGACGUGUUUGAUGGACCAACAAGCGAGGUGGUCGACGUGUUUGAUGGACCAACAAGCCAGGUGGUCGACGUGUUUGAUGGACCAACGAGCCAGGUGGUCGACGUGUUUGAUGGACCAACGAGCCAGGUGGUCGACGUGUUUGAUGGACCAACGAGCCAGUUGGUCCACGUGUUUGUUGGACCAACGAGCCAGUUGGUCGACGUGUUUGAUGGACCAACGAGCCAGUUGGUCCACGUGUUUGAUGGACCAACGAGCCAGUUGGUCCACGUGUUUGAUGGACCAACGAGCCAGUUGGUCCACGUGUUUGAUGGACCAACGAGCCAGUUGGUCCACGUGUUUGAUGGACCAACGAGCCAGUUGGUCCACGUGUUUGAUGGACCAACGAGCCAGUUGGUCCACGUGUUUGAUGGACCAACGAGCCAGGUGGUCGACGUGUUUGAUGGACCAACGAGGCAGAUGGUCGACGUGUUUGAUGGACCAACGAGGCCGUUAGUCGACGUGUUUGAUGGACCAACGAGGCCGUUGGUCGACGUGUUUGAUGGACCAACGAGCCAGUUGGUCGACGUGUUUGAUGGACCAACGAGCCAGUUGGUCGACGUGUUCCAUGCACCAACGAGCCAGUUGGUCGACGUGUUCCAUGCACCAACGAGCCAGUUGGUCGACGUGUUCCAUGCACCAACGAGCCAGUUGGUCGACGUGUUCCAUGCACCAACGAGCCAGUUGGUCGACGUGUUCCAUGCACCAACGAGCCAGUUGGUCCGCGUGUUCCAUGCACCAACGAGCCAGCUGGUCCACGUGUUCGAUGGACCAACAAGCCAGCUGGUCCGCGUGUUUGUUGGACCAACAAGCCAGCUGGUCCGCGUGUUUGUUGGACCAACAAGCCAGCUGGUCCGCGUGUUUGUUGGACCAACAAGCCAGCUGGUCCGCGUGUUUGUUGGACCAACAAGCCAGCUGGUCCGCGUGUUUGUUGGACCAACAAGCCAGCUGGUCCGCGUGUUUGUUGGACCAACAAGCCAGCUGGUCCGCGUGUUUGUUGGACCAACAAGCCAGCUGGUCCGCGUGUUUGUUGGACCAACAAGCCAGCUGGUCCGCGUGUUUGUUGGACCAACAAGCCAGCUGGUCCGCGUGUUUGUUGGACCAACAAGCCAGCUGGUCCGCGCGUUCGUUGGACCAACAAGCCAGCUGGUCCGCGUGUUUGUUGGACCAACAAGCCAGCUGGUCCGCGUGUUUGUUGGACCAACAAGCCAGCUGGUCCGCGCGUUCGUUGGACCAACAAGCCAGCUGGUCCGCGUGUUUGUUGGACCAACAAGCCAGCUGGUCCGCGUGUUUGUUGGACCAACAAGCCAGCUGGUCCGCGUGUUUGAUGGACCAACGAGCCAGUUGGUCCGCGUGUUCGUUGGACCAACGAGCCAGAUGGUCCGCGUGUUCGUUGGACCAACAAGCCAGUUGGUCCGCGUGUUUGAUGGACCAACAAGCCAGUUGGUCCGCGUGUUUGAUAAACCAACGAGCCAGCUGGUCCACGUGUUUGUUGGACCAACGAGCCAGUUGGUCCACGUGUUUGUUGGACCAACAAGCCAGCUGGUCCACGUGUUUGAUGGACCAACAAGCCAGCUGGUCCACGUGUUUGAUGGACCAACAAGCCAGCUGGUCCACGUGUUUGUUGGACCAACAAGCCAGCUGGUCCACGUGUUUGUUGGACCAACAAGCCAGCUGGUCCACGUGUUUGAUGGACCAACAAGCCAGCUGGUCCACGUGUUUGAUGGACCAACAAGCCAGCUGGUCCACGUGUUUGUUGGACCAACAAGCCAGCUGGUCCACGUGUUUGUUGGACCAACAAGCCAGCUGGUCCACGUGUUCGAUGGACCAACAAGCCAGCUGGUCCACGUGUUUGAUGGACCAACAAGCCAGCUGGUCCACGUGUUUGAUGGACCAACAAGCCAGCUGGUCCACGUGUUUGUUGGACCAACAAGCCAGCUGGUCCACGUGUUUGAUGGACCAACAAGCCAGCUGGUCCACGUGUUUGAUGGACCAACAAGCCAGCUGGUCCACGUGUUCGAUGGACCAACAAGCCAGCUGGUCCACGUGUUUGUUGGACCAACAAGCCAGCUGGUCCACGUGUUUGAUGGACCAACAAGCCAGCUGGUCCACGUGUUUGAUGGACCAACAAGCCAGCUGGUCCACGUGUUCGUUGGACCAACAAGCCAGUUGGUCCACGUGUUCGAUGGACCAACAAGCCAGUUGGUCCACGUGUUCGAUGGACCAACAAGCCAGUUGGUCCCCGUCUUCGUUGGACCAACAAGCCAGUUGGUCCACGUGUUUGUUGGACCAACAAGCCAGUUGGACCAACUGGCUAGUUGGUCCACGUGUUCGAUGGACCAACAAGCCAGUUGGUCCACGCGUUCGAUGGACCAACAAGCCAGUUGGUCCACGCGUUCGAUGGACCAACAAGCCAGUUGGUCCACGCGUUCGAUGGACCAACAAGCCAGUUGGUCCACGCGUUCGAUGGACCAACAAGCCAGUUGGUCCACGCGUUCGUUGGACCAACAAGCCAGUUGGUCCACGCGUUCGAUGGACCAACAAGCCAGUUGGUCCACGCGUUCGAUGGACCAACAACCAACAAGCCAGUUGGUCCACGCGUUCGAUGGACCAACAAGCCAGUUGGUCCACGCGUUCGAUGGACCAACAACCAACAAGCCAGUUGGUCCACGCGUUCGAUGGACCAACAAGCCAGUUGGUCCACGCGUUCGAUGGACCAACAACCAACAAGCCAGUUGGUCCACGCGUUCGAUGGACCAACAAGCCAGUUGGUCCACGCGCUCGAUGGACCAACAAGCCAGUUGGUCCACGCGCUCGAUGGACCAACAAGCCAGUUGGUCCACGCGCUCGAUGGACCAACAAGCCAGUUGGUCCACGCGCUCGAUGGACCAACAAGCCAGUUGGUCCACGCGCUCGAUGGACCAACAAGCCAGUUGGUCCACGCGUUCGUUGGACCAACAAGCCAGUUGGUCCACGCGCUCGAUGGACCAACAAGCCAGUUGGUCCACGCGCUCGAUGGACCAACAAGCCAGUUGGUCCACGCGCUCGAUGGACCAACAAGCCAGUUGGUCCACGCGUUCGAUGGACCAACAAGCCAGUUGGUCCACGCGCUCGUUGGACCAACAAGCCAGUUGGUCCACGCGCUCGUUGGACCAACAAGCCAGUUGGUCCACGCGCUCGAUGGACCAACAAGCCAGUUGGUCCACGCGCUCGAUGGACCAACAAGCCAGUUGGUCCACGCGCUCGAUGGACCAACAAGCCAGUUGGUCCACGCGCUCGAUGGACCAACAAGCCAGUUGGUCCACGCGCUCGAUGGACCAACAAGCCAGUUGGUCCACGCGCUCGAUGGACCAACAAGCCAGUUGGUCCACGCGCUCGAUGGACCAACAAGCCAGUUGGUCCACGCGCUCGAUGGACCAACAAGCCAGUUGGUCCACGCGCUCGAUGGACCAACAAGCCAGUUGGUCCACGCGCUCGAUGGACCAACAAGCCAAAUGGUCCACGCGUUCGAUGGACCAACAAGCCAGUUGGUCCACGCGCUCGAUGGACCAACAAGCCAGUUGGUCCACGCGCUCGAUGGACCAACAAGCAAGUAGCCAGUUCGUCCACCCGUUCGAUGGACCAACAAGCCAGCUGGUCCACGUGUUCGAUGGACCAACAAGCCAGCUGGUCCACGUGUUCGAUGGACCAACAAGCCAGCUGGUCCACGUGUUCGAUGGACCAACAAGCCAGCUGGUCCACGUGUUCGAUGGACCAACAAGCCAGCUGGUCCACGUGUUCGAUGGACCAACAAGCCAGCUGGUCCACGUGUUCGAUGGACCAACAAGCCAGCUGGUCCACGCGUUCGAUGGACCAACAAUGGUCCACGUGUUCGAUGGACCAACAAGCCAGCUGGUCCACGUGUUCGAUGGACCAACAAGCCAGCUGGUCCACGUGUUCGAUGGACCAACAAGCCAGCUGGUCCACGUGUUCGAUGGACCAACAAGCCAGCUGGUCCACGCGUUCGAUGGACCAACAAGCCAGUUGGUCCACGCGUUCGAUGGACCAACAAGCCAGUUGCUGGUCCACGUGUUCGAUGGACCAACAAGCCAGUUGGUCCACGUGUUCGAUGGACCAACAAGCCAGCUGGUCCACGUGUUCGAUGGACCAACAAGCCAGCUGGUCCACGUGUUCGAUGGACCAACAAGCCAGCUGGUCCACGUGUUCGAUGGACCAACAGGUCAGCUGGUCCACGUGUUCGAUGGACCAACAAGCCAGUUGGUCCACGUGUUCGAUGGACCAACAAGCCAGUUGGUCCACGUGUUCGAUGGACCAACAAGCCAGUUGGUCCACGUGUUCGAUGGACCAACAAGCCAGUUGGUCCACGUGUUCGAUGGACCAACAAGCCAGCUGGUCCACGUGUUCGAUGGACCAACAAGCCAGCUGGUCCACGUGUUCGAUGGACCAACAAGCCAGCUGGUCCACGUGUUCGAUGGACCAACAAGCCAGUUGGUCCACGUGUUCGAUGGACCAACAAGCCAGCUGGUCCACGUGUUCGAUGGACCAACAAGCCAGCUGGUCCACGUGUUCGAUGGACCAACAAGCCAGCUGGUCCACGUGUUCGAUGGACCAACAAGCCAGGUGGUCGACGUGUUCGAUGGACCAACAAGCCAGCUGGUCCACGUGUUCGAUGGACCAACAAGCCAGCUGGUCCACGUGGUCGACGUGUUUGAUGGACCAACGAGCCAGUUGGUCCACGUGUUUGAUGGACCAACGAGCCAGUUGGUCCACGUGUUUGAUGGACCAACGAGCCAGUUGGUCGACGUGUUUGUUGGACCAACGAGCCAGUUGGUCCACGUGUUUGAUGGACCAACGAGCCAGUUGGUCGACGUGUUUGAUGGACCAACAAGCCAGUUGGUCCGCGUGCUUGACGUGUUUGUUGGACCAACAAGCCAGCUGGUCCGCGUGUUUGUUGGACCAACAAGCCAGCUGGUCCGCGUGUUUGUUGGACCAACAAGCCAGCUGGUCCGCGUGUUUGUUGGACCAACAAGCCAGCUGCUGGUCCGCGUGUUUGUUGGACCAACAAGCCAGCUGGUCCGCGUGUUUGUUGGACCAACAAGCCAGCUGGUCCGCGUGUUUGUUGGACCAACAAGCCAGCUGGUCCGCGUGUUUGAUGGACCAACAAGCCAGCUGGUCCGCGUGUUUGAUGGACCAACAAGCCAGCUGGUCCGCGUGUUUGAUGGACCAACAAGCCAGCUGGUCCACGUGUUUGAUGGACCAACAAGCCAGCUGGUCCACGUGUUUGAUGGACCAACAAGCCAGCUGGUCCACGUGUUUGAUGGACCAACAAGCCAGUUGGUCGACGUGUUUGUUGGACCAACAAGCCAGUUGGUCGACGUGUUUGUUGGACCAACAAGCCAGUUGGUCGACGUGUUUGUUGGACCAACAAGCCAGUUGGUCGACGUGUUUGUUGGACCAACAAGCCAGUUGGUCCACGUGUUUGAUGGACCAACAAGCCAGCUGGUCCACGUGUUUGAUGGACCAACAAGCCAGCUGGUCCACGUGUUUGUUGGACCAACAAGCCAGUUGGUCCACGUGUUUGUUGGACCAACAAGCCAGUUGGUCCACGUGUUUGUUGGACCAACAAGCCAGCUGGUCCACGUGUUUGUUGGACCAACAAGCCAGCUGGUCCACGUGUUUGUUGGACCAACAAGCCAGCUGGUCCACGUGUUUGAUGGACCAACAAGCCAGCUGGUCCACGUGUUUGAUGGACCAACAAGCCAGCUGGUCCACGUGUUUGAUGGACCAACAAGCCAGCUGGUCCACGUGUUUGAUGGACCAACAAGCCAGCUGGUCCACGUGUUUGAUGGACCAACAAGCCAGCUGGUCCACGUGUUUGAUGGACCAACAAGCCAGUUGGUCCACGUGUUUGUUGGACCAACAAGCCAGCUGGUCCACGUGUUUGAUGGACCAACAAGCCAGCUGGUCCACGUGUUUGUUGGACCAACAAGCCAGCUGGUCCACGUGUUUGAUGGACCAACAAGCCAGCUGGUCCACGUGUUUGAUGGACCAACAAGCCAGCUGGUCCACGUGUUUGAUGGACCAACAAGCCAGCUGGUCCACGUGUUCGUUGGACCAACAAGCCAGUUGGACCAACUGGCUAGUUGGUCCACGCGCUCGAUGGACCAACAAGCCAGUUGGUCCACGCGCUCGAUGGACCAACAAGCCAGUUGGUCCACGCGCUCGAUGGACCAACAAGCCAGUUGGUCCACGCGCUCGAUGGACCAACAAGCCAGUUGGUCCACGCGCUCGUUGGACCAACAAGCCAGUUGGUCCACGCGCUCGUUGGACCAACAAGCCAGUUGGUCCACGCGCUCGAUGGACCAACAAGCCAGUUGGUCCACGCGCUCGAUGGACCAACAAGCCAGUUGGUCCACGCGCUCGAUGGACCAACAAGCCAGUUGGUCCACGCGCUCGAUGGACCAACAAGCCAGUUGGUCCACGCGCUCGAUGGACCAACAAGCCUGUUGGUCCACGCGCUCGUUGGACCAACAAGCCAGUUGGUCCACGCGCUCGAUGGACCAACAAGCCAGUUGGUCCACGCGCUCGAUGGACCAACAAGCCAGUUGGUCCACGCGCUCGAUGGACCAACAAGCCAGUUGGUCCACGCGCUCGAUGGACCAACAAGCCAGUUGGUCCACGCGCUCGAUGGACCAACAAGCCAGUUGGUCCACGCGCUCGUUGGACCAACAAGCCAGUUGGUCCACGCGCUCGAUGGACCAACAAGCCAGUUGGUCCACGCGCUCGAUGGACCAACAAGCCAGUUGGUCCACGCGCUCGCUUUCCAUCACCCCGCCCAAUUCUCCCGCUUUCCAUCACCCCGCCCCAUUUUCCCGCUUUCUAUCACCCCGCCCAAUUCUCUUGCUUUCCAUCACCCCGCCCCAUUCUCCCUCUUUCCAUCACCUCGCCCCAUUCUCCCUCUUUCCAUCACCCCGCCCCAUUCUCCCGCUUUCCAUCACCCCGCCCCAUUCUCCCGCUUUCCAUCACCUCGCCCCAUUCUCCCGCUUUCAAUCACCCCACUCCAUUCUCCCGCUUUCCAUCACCCCGCCCCAUUCUCCCGCUUUCCAUCACCCCGCCCCAUUCUCCCUCUUUCCAUCACCCCGCCCCAUUCUCCCGCUUUCCAUCACCUCGCCCCAUUCUCCAGCUUUCCAUCACCUCACUCCAUUCUCCCGCUUUCCAUCACCUCGCCCAAUUCUCCCGCUUUCCAUCAUCCCUCCCCAUUCUCCCUCUUUCCAUCACCCCGCCCCGUUCUCCCUCUUUCCAUCAUCCCGCCCCGUUCUCCCGCUUUUUAUCACCCCGCCCUAUUCUCCCUCUUUCCAUCACCCCGCACGAUUCUCCCGCUUUCCAUCACCCCGCCCCAUUCUCCCUCUUUCUAUCACCCCGCCCCAUUCUCCCUCUUUCCAUCACCCCGCCCCAUUCUCCCUGCUUCCAUCACCUCGCCCCAUUCUCCCGUUUUCCAUCACCCCUCCCCAUUCUCCCUCUUUCCAUCACCCCGCCCCAUUCUCGCGCGGGAUUUCCAUCACCCCGCCCCAUUCUCCCGAUUUCCAUCACCCCGCCCCAUUCUCCCGCUUUCCAUCACCCCGCCCCAUUCUCCCGCUUUCCAUCACCGCGCCCCAUUCUCCCGCUUUCCAUCACCCCGCCCCAUUCUCCCUCUUUCCAUCACCCCACCCCAUUCUCCCUCUUUCCAUCACCCCGCCCCAUUCUCCCGCUUUCCAUCACCCCGCCCCAUUCUCCCGAUUUCCAUCACCCCGCCCCAUUCUCCCUCUUUCCAUCACCCCGCCCCAUUCUCCCGCUUUCCAUCACCCUGCCCCAUUCUCCCGCUUUCCAUCAUCCCGCCCCAUUCUCCCUCUUUCCAUCACCCUGCCCCAUUCUCCCUCUAUCCAUCACCCCGCCCCAUUCUCCCGCUUUCCAUCGCCCCGCCCCAUUCUCCCGCUUUCCAUCACCCCGCCCUAUUCUCUUGCUUUCCAUCACCCCACCCCAUUCUCCCUCUUUCCAUCACCCCGCCCCAUUCUCCCUCUUUCCAUCACCCCGCUCCAUUCUCUCGCUUUCCAUCGCCCCAUUCUCCCGCUUUCCAUCACCCCGCCCCAUUCUCCCGCUUUCCAUCACCCCGCCCCAUUCUCCCUCUUUCCAUCACCCCGCCCCAUUCUCACUCUAUCCAUCACCCCGCCCAAUUCUCCCGCUUUCCAUCACCCCGCCCCAUUUUCCCGCUUUCCAUCACCCCGCCCCAUUCUCUUGCCUUCCAUCACCCCGCCCCAUUCUCCCUCUUUCCAUCACCCCGCCCCAUUCUCACUCUAUCCAUCACCCUACCCAAUUCUCCCGCUUUCCAUCACCCCGCCCCAUUUUCCCGCUUUCCAUCACCCCGCCCCAUUCUCCCUCUUUCCAUCACCCCGCCCCAUUCUCACUCUAUCCAUCACCCCGCCCAAUUCUCCCGCUUUCCAUCACCCCGCCCCAUUUUCCCGCUUUCCAUCACCCCGCCCCAUUCUCCCUCUUUCCAUCACCUCGCCCCAUUCUCCCUCUUUCCAUCACCCCGCCCUAUUCUCCCGCUUUCCAUCACCUCGCCCCAUUCUCCCGCUUUCCAUCACCCCACUCCAUUCUCCCGCUUUCCAUCACCCCGCCCCAUUCUCCCGCUUUCCAUCACCCCGCCCCAUUCUCCCUCUUUCCAUCACCCCGCCUCAUUCUCCCGCUUUCCAUCACCUCGCCCCAUUCUCCCGCUUUCCAUCACCUCGCCCAAUUCUCCCGCUUUCCAUCAUCCCUCCUUAUUCUCCCUCUUUCCAUCACCCCGGCCCAUUCUCCCUCUUUCCAUCACCCCGCCCCGUUCUCCCGCUUUCUAUCACCCCGCCCCAUUCUCCCUCUUUCCAUCACCCCGCACGAUUUUCCCGCUUUCCAUCACCCCGCCCCAUUCUCCCUCUUUCUAUCACCCCGCCCCAUUCUCCCUCUUUCCAUCACCCCGCCCCAUUCUCCCUGCUUCCAUCACCUCGCCCCAUUCUCCCGCUUUCCAUCACCCCGCUCCAUUCUCCCUCUUUCCAUCACCCCGCCCCAUUCUCGCGCUUUCCAUCACCCCGCCCCAUCCUCUCGAUUUCCAUCACCCCGCCCCAUUCUCCCGCUUUCCAUCACCCCGCCCCAUUCUCCCGCUUUCCAUCACCCCGCCCCAUUCUACCGCUUUCCAUCACAGCGCCCCAUUCUCCCUCUUUCCAUCACCCCGCCCCAUUCUCCAUCUUUUCAUCACCCCGCCCCGUUCUCCCGCUUUCCAUCACCCCGCCCCAUUCUCCCGAUUUCCAUCACCCCGCCCCAUUCUCCCGCUUUCCAUCACCCCGCCCCAUUCUCCCGCUUUCCAUCACCCCGCCCCAUUCUCUUGCAUUCCAUCACCCCGCCCCAUUCUCCCUCUUUCCAUCACCCCGCCCCAUUCUCCCGAUUUCCAUCACCCCGCCUCAUUCUCCUACUUUCCAUCACCCCUCCCCAUUCUCCCGCUUUCCAUCACCCGCCCCAUUCUCCCGCUUUCCAUCACCCCGCCCCAUUCUCCCGCUUUCCAUCACCCCACCCCAUUCUCCCGCUUUCCAUCACCCCGCCCCAUUCUCCCGCUUUCCAUCACCCCGCCCCAUUCUUCCGCUUUCCAUCACCCCGCCCCAUUCUCCCGCUUUCCAUCACCCCACCCCAUUCUCCCGCUUUCCAUCACCCCGCCCCAUUCUCCCGCUUUUCAUCACCCCGCCCCAUUCUCCCGCUUUCCAUCACCCCGCCCCAUUCUCUCGCUUUCCAUCACCCCGCCCCAUUCUCCCGCUUUCCAUCACCCCGCCCCAUUCUCCCGCUUUCCAUCACCCCGCCCCAUUCUCCCGCUUCCCAUCACCCCUCCCUAUUCUCCCUGUAUCAUCACCCCACCCCAUUCUCCCGCUUUCCAUCACCCCGCCCCAUUCUCCCUCUUUCCAUCACCCCGCCCCAUUCUCCCGCUUUCCACCACCCCGCCCCAUUCUCCCGCUUUCCAUCACCCCGCCCCAUUCUCCCGCUUUCCAUCACCCCGCCCCAUUCUCCCGCUUUCCAUCACUCCGCCCCAUUCUCCCGCUUUCUAUCACCCCGCCCCAUUCUCCCGCUUUUCAUCACCCCGCCCCAUUCUCCCGCUUUCCAUCACCCCGCCCUAUUUUCCCGCUGUCCAUAACCCCGCCCCAUUCUCCCGCUUUCCAUCAUCCCGCCCCAUUCUCCCGCUUUCCAUCACCCCGCCCCAUUCUCCCGCUUUCCAUCACCCCGCCCCAUUCUCCCUCUUUCCAUCACCCUGCCCCAUUCUCCCUCCUUCCAUCACCCCGCCCCAUUCUCCCCCAGUUGGUCCACGUGUUUGUUGGACCAACAAGCCAGUUGGUCCACGUGUUUGUUGGACCAACAAGCCAGUUGCUCCACGUGUUUGUUGGACCAACAAGCCAGUUGCUCCACGUGUUUGUUGGACCAACAAGCCAGUUGGUCCACGUGUUUGUUGGACCAACAAGCCAGUUGCUCGACCUGUUUGUUGGACCAACAAGCCAGUUGGUCGACGUGUUUGUUGGACCAACAAGCCAGGUGGUCGACGUGUUUGAUGGACCAACAAGCCAGGUGGUCGACGUGUUUGAUGGACCAACAAGCCAGGUGGUCGACGUGUUUGAUGGACCAACAAGCCAGGUGGUCGACGUGUUUGAUGGACCAACAAGCCAGGUGGUCGACGUGUUUGAUGGACCAACAAGCCAGGUGGUCGACGUGUUUGAUGGACCAACAAGCCAGGUGGUCGACGUGUUUGAUGGACCAACAAGCCAGGUGGUCGACGAGUUUGAUGGAGUAACAAGCCAGCUGGUCCACGUGUUUGUUGGACCAACAAGCCAGGUUGUCCACGUGUUUGUUGGACCAACAAGCCAGUUGGUCCACGUGUUUGUUGGACCAACAAGCCAGGUUGUCCACGUGUUUCAUGGACCAACAAGCCAGUUGGUCGACGUGUUUGAUGGACCAACAAGCCAGUUGGUCCACGUGUUUGUUGGACCAACAAGCCAGUUGGUCGACGUGUUUGAUGGACCAACAAGCCAGUUGGUCCACGUGUUUGUUGGACCAACAAGCCAGUUGGUCCACGUGUUUGAUGGACCAACAAGCCAGCUGGUCCGCGUGUUUGUUGGACCAACAAGCCAGCUGGUCCGCGUGUUUGUUGGACCAACAAGCCAGUUGGUCCGCGUGUUUGAUGGACCAACAAGCCAGUUGGUCCGCGUGUUUGAUGGACCAACAAGCCAGUUGGUCCGCGUGUUUGAUGGACCAACAAGCCAGUUGGUCCGCGUGUUUGAUGGACCAACAAGCCAGUUGGUCCGCGUGUUUGAUGGACCAACAAGCCAGUUGGUCCGCGUGUUUGAUGGACCAACAAGCCAGUUGGUCCGCGUGUUUGAUGGACCAACAAGCCAGUUGGUCCGCGUGUUUGAUGGACCAACAAGCCAGUUGGUCCGCGUGUUUGAUGGACCAACAAGCCUGGUGGUCCGCGUGUUUAUUGGACCAACGAGCCAGGUGGUCCGCGUGUUUGAUGGACCAACGAGCCAGUUGGUCGACGUGUUUGUUGGACCAACGAGCCAGUUGGUCGACGUGUUUGAUGGACCAACGAGCCAGUUGGUCGACGUGUUUGAUGGACCAACGAGCCAGUUGGUCCACGUGUUUGAUGGACCAACGAGCCAGUUGGUCCACGUGUUUGAUGGACCAACGAGCCAGUUGGUCGACGUGUUUGUUGGACCAACGAGCCAGUUGGUCCACGUGUUUGUUGGACCAACAAGCCAGUUGGUCGACGUGUUUGAUGGACCAACAAGCCAGUUGGUCCGCGUGUUUGACGUGUUUGUUGGACCAACAAGCCAGUUGGUCCGCGUGUUUGUUGGACCAACAAGCCAGCUGGUCCGCGUGUUUGUUGGACCAACAAGCCAGCUGGUCCGCGUGUUUGUUGGACCAACAAGCCAGCUGGUCCGCGUGUUUGUUGGACCAACAAGCCAGCUGGUCCGCGUGUUUGUUGGACCAACAAGCCAGCUGGUCCGCGUGUUUGUUGGACCAACAAGCCAGUUGGUCCGCGUGUUUGUUGGACCAACAAGCCAGCUGGUCCGCGUGUUUGUUGGACCAACAAGCCAGCUGGUCCGCGUGUUUGUUGGACCAACAAGCCAGCUGGUCCGCGUGUUUGUUGGACCAACAAGCCAGCUGGUCCGCGUGUUUGAUGGACCAACAAGCCAGCUGGUCCACCCUCGUGGGAACGAGGAACGUGGGAAAGAGGCUUGUGGGAACGAGGCUCGUGGGAACGAGGCUCGUGGGAACGAGGCUAGUGGGAACGAGGCUCGUGGGAACGAGGCUCGUGGGAACGAGGCUCGUGGGAACGAGGCUCGUGGGAACGAGGCUCGUGGGAACGAGGCUCGUGGGAACGAGGCUCGUGCGAACGAGGCUCGUGGGAACGAGGCUCGUGGGAACGAGGCUCGUGGGAACGAGGCCCCUGGGAACGAGGCCCCUGGGAACGAGGCCCCUGGGAACGAGGCCCCUGGGAACGAGGCCCCUGGGAACGAGGCCCCUGGGAACGAGGCCCCUGGGAACGAGGCCCCUGGGAACGAGGCCCCUGGGAACGAGGCCCCUGGGAACGAGGCCCCUGGGAACGAGGCCCCUGGAAACCCCACCCCAUUCUCCCGCUUUCCAUCACCCCGCCCCAUUCUCCCGCUUUCCAUCACCCCGCCCCAUUCUCCCUCCUUCCAUCACCCUGCCCCAUUCUCCCUCCUUCCAUCACUCCGCCCCAUUCUCCCGCUUUCCAUCACCCUGCCCCAUUCUCCCGCUUUCCAUCACCCUGCCCCAUUCUCCCGCUUUUUAUCACACCGCCCCAUUCUCCGGCUUUCGAUCACCCCGCCCCAUUCUCCCUCCUUCCAUAACUCCGCCCCGUUCUCCCGCUUUCCAUCACCCCGCCCCGUUCUCCCGCUUUCCAUCACCCUGCCCCGUUCUCCCGCUUUCCAUCACCCCGCCCCGUUCUCCCGCUUUCCAUCACCCCGCCCCGUUCUCCCGCUUUCCAUCACCCCGCCCCGUUCUCCCGCUUUCCAUCACCCCGCCCCAUUCUCCCGCUUUCCAUCACCCUGCUUCAUUCUCCCGCUUUCCAUCACCCCGCCCCAUUCUCCCUCUUUCCAUCACCCCGCCCUAUUCUCCCGCUUUCCAUCACCUCGCCCCAUUCUCCCGCGAUUCCUCACCCCGCCCCAUUCUCCCGUUUUCCAUCACCCCGCCCCAUUCUCCCAUAUUCCAUCACCCCGCCCCAUUCUCCCGCAUUCCAUCACCCCGCCCCAUUCUCCCUCUUUCCAUCACCCCGCUCCAUUCUCCCUCUUUCCAUCACCCCGCCCCAUUCUCCCGCUUUCCAUCACCCCGCCCCAUUCUCUCGCUUUCCAUCACCCCGCCCCAUUCUCCCGCUUUCCAUCAUCCCGCCCCAUUCUCCCGCUUUCCAUCACCCCGCCCCAUUCUCCCGCUUUCCAUCACCCCGCCCCAUUCUCCCACUUUCCCUCACCCCGCCCCAUUCUCCCGCUUUCCAUCAUCCCGCCCCAUUCUCCCACUUCCCAUCACCCCGCCCCAUUCUCCCGCUUUCCAUCACCCUGCCCCAUUCUCCCGCUUUCCAUCACCCCGCCCCAUUCUCCCGCUUUCCAUCACCCCGCCCCAUUCUCCCGCUUUCCAUCAACCCGCCCCAUUCUCCCUCCUUCCAUCACCCCGCCCCAUUCUCCCGCUUUCCAUCACCCCGCUCCAUUCUCUCGCUUUCCAUCAACCCGCCCCAUUCUCCCUCCUUCCAUCACCCCGCCCCAUUCUGCCUCCUUCCAUCACCCCGCCCCAUUCUCCCGCUUUCUAUCACCCCGCCCCAUUCUCCCGCUUUCCAUCACCCCGCCCCCUUCUCCCGCUUUCCAUCACCCCGCCCCAUACUGGCGCUUUCCAUCACCCCGCCCCAUUCUCCAGCUUUCCAUCACCCCGCCCCAUUCUCCCUCCUUCCAUCACCCCGCCCCAUUCUCCCUCCUUCCAUCACCCCGCCCCAUUCUCCCACUUUCCAUCACCCUGCCCCAUUCUCCCGCUUUCCAUCACCCCGCCCCAUUCUCCCGCUUUCCAUCACCCCGCCCCAUUCUCCCGCUUUCCAUCACCCUGCCCCAUUCUCCCUCCUUCCAUCACCCCGCCCCAUUCUCAAACUUUCCAUCACCCGGCCCCAUUCUCCCGCUUUCCAUCACCCUGCCCCAUUCUCCCACUUUCCAUCACCCCGCCCUGUUGUUCCCCCUUCUCCCGCUUUCCAUCACCCCGCCCCGUUCUAACGCUUUCCAUCACCCCGCCCCGUUCUCCCGCUUUCCAUCACCCCGCCCCGUUCUCCCUCCUUCUAUCACCCCACCCCUUUCUCCCUCCUUCCAUCACCCCGCCCCAUUCUCCCUCCUUCCAUCACCUCGCCCCAUUCUCCCGCUUUCCAUCACCCCACCCCAUUCUCCCGCUUUCCAUCACCCCACCCCAUUCUCCCGCUUUCCAUCACCCCACCCCAUUCUCCCGCUUUCCCUCACCCCGCCCCAUUCUCCCGCUUUCCAUCACCCCGCCCUAUUCUCCCGCUUUCCAUCACCCCGCCCCAUUCUUCCGCUUUCCAUCACCCCGCUCCAUUCUCCCGCUUUCCAUCACCCCGCCCCAUUCUCCCUUUCCAUCACCCCGCCCCAUUCUCCCGCUUUCCAUCACCCCGCCCCAUUCUCCCGCUUUCCAUCAACCCGCCCCAUUCUCCCUCCUUCCAUCACCCCGCCCCAUUCUGCCUCCUUCCAUCACCCCGCCCCAUUCUGCCGCUUUCCAUCACCCCGCCCCAUUCUCCCGCUUUCCAUCACCCCGCCCCAUACUCCCGCUUUCCAUCACCCCGCCGCACUCUCCCGCUUUCCAUCACCCCACCCCAUUCUCCCGCUUUUCAUCACCCCGCCCCAUUCUCCCGCUUUCCAUCACCCCACCUCUUUCUCCCGCUUUCCAUCACCCCGCCCCAUUCUCCCACUUUCCAUCACCCCGCCCCAUUCUCCCUCUUUCCAUCACCCCGCCCCAUUCUCCCGCUUUCCAUCACCUCGCCCCAUUCUCCCGCUUUCCAUCAUCCCGCCCCAUUCUCCCGCUUUCCAUCACCCCGCCCCAUUCUCCCACUUUCCAUCACCCUGCCCCAUUCUCCCACUUUCCAUCACCCCGCCCCAUUCUCCCUCUUUCCAUCACCCCGCUCCAUUCUCCCUCUUUCCAUCACCCCUCCCCAUUCUCCCGCUUUCCAUCACCCCGCCCCAUUCUCUCGCUUUCCAUCACCCCGCCCCAUUCUCCCGCCUUCCAUCACCCCGCCCCAUUCUCCCGCUUUCCAUCACCCCGCCCCAUUCUCCCGCUUUCCAUCACCCCGCCCCAUUCUCCCACUUUCCCUCACCCCGCCCCAUUCUCCCGCAUUCCAUCACCCCGCCCCAUUCUCCCGCUUUCCCUCACCCCGCCCCAUUCUCCCACUUUCCAUCACCCCGCCCCAUUCUCCCGCUUUCCAUCACCCCGCCCCAUUCUCCCGCUUUCCAUCACCCCGCCCCAUUCUCCCGCUUUCCAUCACCCUGCCCCAUUCUCCUGCUUUCCAUCACCCCGCCCCAUUCUCCCGCUUUCCAUCACCCCGCCCCAUUCUCCCGCUUUCCAUCACCCCGCUCCAUUCUCCCGCUUUCCAUCACCCCGCCCCAUUCUCCCGCUUUCCAUCACCCCGCCCCAUUCUCCCGCUUUCCAUAUCCCCGCCCCAUUCUCCCGCUUUCCAUCACCCCGCCCCAUUCUCUCGCUUUCCAUCAACCCGCCCCAUUCUCCCUCCUUCCAUCACCCUGCCCCAUUCUCCCUCUUUCCAUCACCCCGCCCCAUUCUUCCGCUUUCCAUCACCCCGCCCCAUUCUCCCGCUUUCCAUCACCCCGCCCCCUUCUCCCGCUUUCCAUCACCCCGCCCCAUACUGGCGCUUUCCAUCACCCCGCCCCAUUCUCCAGCUUUCCAUCACCCCGCCCCAUUCUCCCGCUCUCCAUCACCCCGCCCCAUUCUCCCUCCUUCCAUCACUCCGCCCCAUUCUCCCGCUUUCCAUCACCCUGCCCCAUUCUCCCGCUUUCCAUCACCCUGCCCCAUUCUCCCGCUUUCCAUCACCCUGCCCCAUUCUCCCUCCAUCCAUCACCCCGCCCCAUUCUCCAACUUUCCAUCACCCCGCCCCCUUCUCCCGCUUUCCAUCACCCUGUCCCGUUCUCCCGCUUUCCAUCACCCCGCCCCGUUCUCCCGCUUUCCAUCACCCCGCCCCAUUCUCCCGCUUUCCAUCACCCCGCCCCAUUCUCCUGCUUUCCAUCACCCCGCCCCGUUCUCCCGCUUUCCAUCACCCCGCCCCAUUCUCCCGCUUUCCAUCACCCCGCCCCAUUCUCCCUCCUUCCAUCACCCCGCCCCAUUCUCCCGAUUUCCAUCACCCCGCCCCAUUCUCCCGCUUUCCAUCACCCCGCCCCCUUCUCCCGCUUUCUAUCACCCCGCCCCAUUCUCCCGCUUUCCAUCACCCCGCCCCAUUCUCCCGCUUUCCAUCACCCCACCCCAUUCUCCCGCUUUCCAUCACCCCACCCCAUUCUCCCGCUUUCCAUCACCCCGCCCCAUUCUCCCUCCUUCCAUCACCCCGCCCCAUUCUCCCUCCUUCCAUCACUCCGCCCCAUUCUCCCGCUUUCCACCACCCCAUUCUCCCGCUUUCCAUCACCCUGCCCUAUUCUCCCGCUUUUUAUCACCCCGCCCCAUACUGGCGCUUUCCAUCACCCCGCCCCAUUCUCCCUCCUUCCAUAA